AUGUCAUCACACGACGCCCCGCACAAGCUUUCGCUUCGCCUUCGCCCGAUCCCCAAUUCUUACUGGGCAACUCCCCUCCUCAUCGCAUGCGAGUACCCCUGGUCCCCUUUUGAAACUUCCAUCCAAAAACUCGACAAGCUUCCUCGCCGCCGGCUGCCUGCUGGCCUCGACGCGACUACCAUCACAUACCACCAGUUCCCCAUCCCUGAUCGUUCGCUACCUCACAAGCCAACAUAUUUCAUGCGUCUAGUGCUGGAUGUGCUCAGGGAAAAUGCAGAGCAGGGGCGCGUAUGUGCCGUGCAUUGCCGUGGUGGGAUUGGGAGGACCGGUUUGGUUAUAGGUUGUUGGCUUGUGGAGUCAGGAAUCGCCAGGGACGGUGAAGAAGCGCUGAAGAUCAUUGAACGGGAGUGGCGGACCGUCGAAAAGUGCAAGCGCUUCCCACACUCGCCAGAGACUGGCCCACAGUUCGAGUUUGUGAGGAAUUUCACCAGUCCGAAGAUGGUACCGGUGCUUGUCUAGAUGACAAUACGUGUGUUCUACUUGUCUGCUUUCUUUUCGUAUGCACGUCCCUUUUCCUCCUCGUGCCCUUCUCAUAGACAUAUUUUCAGCAUACCUUGUAUCAACAUUGCCAGUUCCCACAUCCCUUUAGAUCCGCCCUCAAGUUCUUCACGUGCAUUCAUGUAGCCACUAUAUCCCUAUUCAUAUUUCCGCUGUAC